GCCGGCGACUUCCGCAAAACCCAGCCGCCGUUCCUCCCAUCUCUCUCAUUCUCUCGCCGCCCGACCACCUCUCUGUCUCCCUGCUUCGUCUCACCCUCCAUCACCUAAGGCCGCCACCGAAAUAGCCGAUCGUCGCUCCGACCGCCUCCGCCUUGUGAAAUCGUUUUAUUCCCGCCCGCCCUCAAUGUUUACCGCCGGAGGAACAGCUGCGGCAGCCUUCUCGCGCUCUAGGAGGUUCUUCAGUACCAGCAAAUUCCACGAUGCAUUUGGGAGUGCGAUUGCCGAGAUGAAUAAGGAAAUGGAAGUAGUCUUUGGUGAAGUACCCCCUAGUGGAUUAGCUGGUUCAGUUAGCACCAAUCCUCUUGUUGAAGAGCAGCAGCCUCAGUUGAAAUCCCAAGAGCUUCCCCUUUCUUUUACUGACAGCAAUACAGCGCAAGAGCUAUCCCGUCACAAGUUCUCUCAUAUACCCGAUGGUGGAGACAACAAUCCGGGUGGUUUGACCCAUGUCGGCAGUAGAGGAGAAGCUCAAAUGGUGGAUGUAUCUGCAAAGGACUCAACUAAGAGAGUAGCUAUUGCCAGUUGCAAGGUGGUUUUGGGGGAGAAGGUGUUUGAUAUGGUCUCGGCCAACCAAAUGGCUAAAGGAGAUGUCCUUACUGUGGCCAAGAUAGCUGGCAUUAAUGGAGCAAAGCAAACGAGUACCCUCAUCCCGCUUUGCCAUAACAUUGCAUUGAGUCACCUCCGUGUCGAUCUCGUGCUGAACCCUGAAGAUCACAGUGUGGAGAUCAAAGGGGAGGCUGCAACGACGGGGAAAACUGGUGUGGAAAUGGAAGCAUUGACUGCUGUGGCUACUGCUGGUCUAACUGUGUAUGAUAUGUGCAAGGCUGCUUCUAAAGAUAUCCUGAUAACGGACGUGCAGCUUGAGGGCAAGACCGGUGGGAAAAGUGGAGAUUGGUCCAGGGGAAAAGUGUAAGGUUUAUGAUAUGUUAGUAGCUUCUAACCAUUAUUACUGUGGUGCCUUUUGAGAAGGUUUUGGGGGAAGUCAUUCAAACAUCUGUUAGUCAUUUCCGGAGUGAUAAUAGAAGAGGGUGAUCAUUGUAGGUGAAACAGCUUGUAUCAGUAAGAGGAUGGUGAAAAUCAGGUGCAGAUGUACCAACUAGUUGAAUCAAAUGGAGUCUUACAUGUCUGUUUAUAGUCACAAAAGGCAAUUGAAAUAAAAAAAAAAAGAACAGCAAUCACAGAGAAAUAAACAAAAUGUCUGUUUAUAGUCACAAA